CUGCCCACCACACCUGUCGACGCGUGUCUUUGCUUGCACUCUGUAACACUUUGAACUCACAGACAAUCCUUCUUUAUCCUCUUCAUUUCCUUUUCCGUCCCCUUCUUUCCGCAUGUCGUUCAUAUGGCGGCUCUUCCGCUCAAAACCGGCCGCAGAUGACUACGAGUCGAUUCUCGCAUCGCUCUCAUCGCGCAUCCAGACCCGCCGCACACAGCUUACCGCCAUCCGCGCGCGCGAACGCAACGCAUCCGCACUCGUCACUCUCUACACUCUCGCGGCAUGGUCCGCCUACGUUGCGGUCUGGUACUACGGGCUGGUCGAUGGGCGGAGGAACUCUCAUGGCGUGGAGCGGGCCGUAAGGGCUGCGCCCGUGGUGGUCGGUCCCAUAUUCAUUCUGUUCGUGCGCCGGAUAGUGCAAGUGUGGUACGCAAGCAAAGGCAACGCGGAGGAAAACACGCUGCAAGAUCUGCUCAAGGAGCAGCGCACGACCGUGGAAGCGCUCAAGAAGAAGACGCAGUUCUACGAGACGCGGGAGCUCCUCGCGAAAUACGACUCGUCAUCUCCUUCUUCUCCCUCCCCCUCCGCGGCACAGGCUCCGAAAACACCUGCCCGCUCUGCGCCGCCUCAAACACCCGCGAACCCACGCAUGCAGCAGUCGCAGAGUGCACCUCUGCCAGCGCCGAGUCCAUCCCAGCAACAGCAGGAGCCGCGUCGGUGGUUCGACUCCGUUGCAGACGUGUUACUCGGACCUGAGACCGAGCGCGACGACGCGAAGCAGAAGUACGCGUUGAUCUGCGAGAAAUGCUUUACCCACAAUGGGCUAGUUCCGGAGGCCAUGUGGCCCGAUGCGCAAUACAAAUGUCCGCAGUGCGGUCACUUCAACCCAUCAGCGCGGAGCCGACGGGUACUGGAGAGGGCCGCUGGGGCACAGAUAGUUCCACCAGCAGGUCACACUAACGCUGUCGACCUCUCCGUAUCCCAAAACAAGCGCGACCGGACACCAGAAUCGCGUGUGGGCGAAUCGCAUCUUCGGCAGCGAGAGAACCGGGCCGGAAAAGAAGAGAAGGAGGAGGAUCCGGACAGGAUGCAGAUCGACUCUUAGGUUGUUCGUUCUAUUUCCCCAAUUGGGGUGAGAAUAUAUGUGUCUACUUUAGGAUCAGACCGCUGUAUGCUUUGAUUAUCUCUGGUGUACAAACGGCGUUUAUACUUUGCACUAUGCUUCGGAAAUGUUUGCCCAGAGACCGUUAUACAGCUAUUGAACAUUUCUCAAGCUCAUAUACGCUGUUUACACUACACUGUAGAACAAUGCAUUACUACAAGUUGAACAUAAGUUGGACAGA